CUUGCAGCGAACCCCACACCUCGCAUAUCUUUCUUGAAUUUCCGAUGAAGUCGUUGGAAGCAAUGUAUUUCCAUAGACAGCGUCUGAUUACUGGGCUUUAUGGACUCCUCUUCUGCCUCUCCCUCACACGAGCUCAAGAUACGCUACCGCAGACGAUCUUCAGCCUUCCCAAUUUUUCCUCGCAGAAACCAUGCGCACAAGCCUGUUUCACCACCGGCCCAAUAGGCGGCUGUUUCCAAGACAUGGUUGGCGAUGCUCUGGGUUGUGUAAAUGACAACGAGUGCGGUCUUGGAUCUCGCGGCCUUGCUCCCAAUAACUGCUAUUGCCGGACCGACUUUCAAUCAAUCGCUGAAUCAUUUCUUACCUCCUGUGUUAAAAGUGGUUGUACCGUCGGAGACUCCUCUAUCGAUAUCUCGAGCGCGGGUAGCAUCUACAUCGAUUACUGUUCAUCCCAAGGCUUCCCUGUCAACGUUCCCGCCUCUACUACUCACAAUCCGCAAGCUACUACAACUGUAGCAUCGCCCUCUCUACAACGAACAUCGCCUACUAAUAGUGGGGAUUCAUCCGCAGCUCCAGUACCAUCAAGCAGCUCGACCACAGAUACAAAUUCAAUCGCGAUUGGGGUUGGUUUGGGUGUCGGUAUCCCAGCUAUCGUGGUGGCAAUUUUGGCUUGGUGCUUUCCGUGCGGCCAUCGCAGGGCAAGGUUGAAGUGAAGACGGAUAUUUGUUGGAAGUCUGGGGAAGGCUUGGAACAGAAUUGUGGCCGCGUCUUCAAAUGAUACCUGCAGCAACGAGGCAGCUGGAGAGUAUUCCCUUAAACAUCAUUACCCUGUGCUAGUUCUAAACCUAGUGCCCUUCCCAAGACCGCUUCUCGUCAACAUUAUGU